UCAAUUGCGGUUGAUCACGAUUAAGCUUGGUGAAAGCCAAGCCCUUAUAUUGGGUAAUUCCAUUUCACGUAUGAUACGCAUGAUGUAUCAUUUAUCCUUGCUAUUCACCGAAUGUCAAACAAGGAUAAAUGAUGCAUUAUACACGUAAUGCGUGAAACGAAAUCUUAGAAGAGUGGGAUAGAACGUACAAAUACACGAAGUGCCAACUCACUUAUUGCACUGACGUACUAUAUAUACCGCGGUAUAUCGUAUUUGUUUAUCACUGGUUACGCGAUUUAUACCUUGCUCUCACGAUUUUAUCUUACUUGACUUUUGUGAACAUUUCAUUCGAUAUCAUAUUAUCACAGUAAGUAUUCAGAUGUCUUUCGUGGGAAAAGUUGUCCUAAUAACAGGGGCUAGUUCAGGAAUAGGUGCUGCAACAGCUAUUCACUUAGCUCAGCUUGGGGCAUCAUUGUCGAUAAGUGGACGUAAUAAGGACAAUUUAGAGAAGGUAGCUAAACAGUGUGAACAAUCCAAGCCAUUCAUCGUAACGGGAGAAUUAACUAAUGAGAACGAUGUGAAAAAUAUUAUCGAUUCGACAAUCAAGCAUUAUGGAAAAUUAGAUGUUUUAAUUAACAACGCCGGUAUUUUGGCAAACGGUAGUAUAGAGAACACAAGCUUAGAACAAUACGACAAGAUUUUCAACGUAAAUGUUCGCUCAGUGUAUCAAUUAACAAUGUUAGCAGUGCCACAUUUAAUCAAGACGAAGGGCAGCAUUGUAAAUAUCUCUAGCGUAAAUGGAUUACGAUCUUUCCCAGGUUGUCUGGCAUAUUGCAUGAGUAAGUCGGCCCUGGAUCAAUUUACGCAUUGCGUUGCUUUAGAUUUGGCACCAAAACAGGUGCGUGUGAAUGCCGUAAAUCCUGGCGUUAUAGUAACAAAUCUACACGAAACCAGUGGAAUGGACAAAGAUCAGCUUAAAAACUUUUUCGAUCGCAGUAAACAAACGCAUGCUCUAGGAAGAACGGGCAAUGUUUGGGAAGUUGCAAAGACUAUUGCAUUUCUAGCGAGCGACGAGGCUAGUUUCAUAACAGGAGCAACAUUACCUGUGGAUGGAGGUAGACAUGCCAUGUGUCCUCGUUAAAAUCUUAAGUCGUCUGCAUAAAUGAUACAUAUAAUAUUGAAUAUACACGCACGCACGCGCGUGCACGCGCGCACACACACACACACACACACACACACACGCAUGCACACACAGAGGUAGUAACUAGUUAAAAUGUUAAAAGUUAAUAACUAUAAAUGGCGGACCAAUCAGAGAAAAGAAUAUUAUCCACUUUACUCUCCCUUCUUUCUCUCUGGUAAAUAUAUUUCUCUCAUAAGAUUCUCUCACAAGAUUUUGACAAAAACGACUUAUGGUGUGACUCUUAUUACAUAUAAGUAACUUAUAUGUGAAUAAA